AUGAAUACCGAUCAGAGCGAGCGUCAGGAAUUACCCAUAAGCCCUGCACGGUCCACAGCAUCCACGGCGUCGACCUUGGAUCAAUCGGGCGACUUCACUCAAUUGCCCUUUUCAUAUAAAGACGUUCUGCCCAAGCGCGGCAUUUCUGACGUGAAGGCAGAUGAGUUGAAUCUCAAAUACAACCGUCAAAGCAUUCCCCUCAUGGACGAUGAAAUCUUUUUCCUGAAUUUAGGUCGAAUCGCGGCCGAGAACGCUCCGGAGAAGGUAGAGUCGGAGCUGCAGCGUUUUAUCGAGCAAGAAAGCGCACGCCUACAUGAAGACUAUUGCGAUGCGAAAUACGAUGUUGGUUCGCAUGGUCCACGCCUCUUGCAAUCGGAUGCCCUGAGGUUUCAAUUCGUGACAGGCAUUCGCAAGCAGACUGUCCACGGCUAUGAGGCUCUUGUAGCGUAUUGUCUCUAUCCUCUGAUUCAAGCGGCCCAAAAGAACCAACCGAAGCGUCGGCAGCGAGCUCCUUCAAGCCGAACACUCAAGCAACCUGCGACAUCUAAAGUCAAACGACCUGUAGAAGUGGCAGGAGGAGGUGGCGUCCGACGAAGUCCACGCAUAUGUCGCGACAAUCCACGGAGGAGCACGCGCAUAAAGGGACAGAAAAUAGGCCUCAUUGCUGAUUUGCGCUUGAAUCCGAGAGCCCAAUGGUUCAUUGUUCACAGCCUUGCAAUUAUCAGAACGAAUUCUGCAGAAGGCCUCGACGCUAAUUACAAAAAUCGACUAUCAAUACAGGAGUACGGCAUUAGCUGCCGCAGCUGA